AUGAUAAACGCUGAUAUUUAAAAUACAGAAUAUCCGUUUUUAAAACUUCCAUAUGAAUAUGCCGUUAAAUCACUUAAAAAAAUGAUUAAAUAAACUGAAAAGGAAAUUAGUUCUGUAUUAAAUUCAAUAAUCUAAUUAAAAAAAGAAAAUAAUUUUGAAAAAAAAGAUGUUCAGUAUUAAAUAUAAUAGCUAAUACAUAGACUAUAUUAAUAAAAAGAAAAACUCAAUUAAGAUUCUAAUGAAUAAUUGAAAAUUUAUUAAAGUUGCAGUUAAAGAGUCAAUCAUUUAAAUUCAAUUAAUGAAACUAAAGAAUCUUAAAAUUAAUAUCAUUCUACAAGAAACAAACGAUUAUUAAUAGAAUAAUUAACAAGAAAUAAAAAUAUUUAAAUAGCAAAGAAACUUAGUUAAAAUUUAAAAUUAGAUAAUUUUUGUGAUAUGGAAAUAAAUAUAAUCUAAAAUGCAAACAAAAUAAUCGAUAGCCUCAAAAAUUAAAAUAUUGAUAUUGCCUUUUAAUGGUGCUUAGAAAAUAAAUCAAAGCUUGAAAAAUUAAAAAGCGACUUUUAAUUUAGAUUAAUUUAGUAAAAAUUCAUUUAAUUCUUAAAAAAUGAUUAAAUACAAAAUGGAAGAAUAUACUUCUAAUAACAUUCUUAAUAAUAUAAAGAUAAUUAUAUUUCUGAAAUUAAAAAGCUUUUUAUGUGUAUACUUUUUAAUAAAAAUAUUGAUAAAUAUCCAUAGUAUUAGUACUACUUUAAUGAACAAAGAUGGAAUGAUCUUAUUGAAUAAUUCAAAAGCUUAUAUUAUAAAAUUUAUGGACUAACUUCUAAUUCAUAAUUAAACACUUGUUUAUAAGCUGGUAUUUCUUGUUUAAAAGUUUUAAAUUGCUAAUAUGAGAAAUUUUAAUGCCCUGAUAAAUGUCCUAUUUGUUCUCCUUUUAUAUCAAAACUUUCUGAAAAUGUUCCUGGUACCCAUAAAGUUAUUUCAACUCUAAUUUGUAGAAUUACUAAUGAUGUAAUCAAUGAGGAUAAUUAUGCUUUAAUUUUGAAUAAUAAUUAAGUUUUUAGUGAAAAAGGAGUCAAAUUAAUGAUAUAAUAAAAAAAUAAUGUUUGCCCAAUAACUAAAAAAUAUGUGGAUUGGUAAGAUACUCGUAAAAUAUUUUUAUCUUGA